CGCCCCUCCCCUCCCCGCAGGGAUCCCGGGCAACCACACAGCUGCCCCUAACUCCGACUUAAUUGGCUUUGCGAGCUCCGAAUUGAAGAGAGGCCAACUCCCGAACAAAGACGCGGCCCAGCUCGGGCUUCUGGGCGAGGCCGGCCGGCUGGGAGGAACGGAGCCUGGGGAUCGGAGGGGGGCGAGCCGAGAGGGUGGGCGCUCGGGAAGCGGGGCGGGGCGGACGGGCAGGAAGUGCCGGGGCGCUGGGCUGCAGCCGGGCGGCCCGCACCCCGACCCUGUCCCGCUGGGAGGGCCCGGAGCACCGCCGCGCCUCCCGAGGCUUCGGCUCCCGUCGCUGCGUGCGGACACCCCGCGGCCCGCGGCCGGGCCCAGCAACCAUGGCCCAUUACAAAGCAGAGCAGGAUGACUGGCUGAUUGUCUACCUGAAGUAUUUACUCUUCGUCUUUAACUUCUUCUUCUGGGUGGGCGGGGCGGCCGUCAUGGCCGUGGGCAUCUGGACCCUGGUAGAGAAGAGCGGCUACCUCAGUGUCCUGGCCUCCAGCACCUUCGCUGCGUCCGCCUACAUCCUCAUCUUCGCCGGGGCUCUGGUCAUGGUGACAGGCUUCCUGGGCUUCGGCGCCAUCAUCCGGGAGGACAGGAGCUGCCUCUCCACGUAUUUCUGCCUGUUGCUGGUGAUCUUCCUGGUUGAGCUGGUGGCGGGGGUCCUGGCCCACCUGUACUACCAAAGGCUCAGUGACGAACUAAAGCAGCACCUGGCCCGGACUCUGGCCGAGAACUACAGGCAGCCCGGAUCCGCGGACAUUACAAUGUCCGUAGACCGUCUCCAGCAGGACUUCAAGUGCUGUGGGAGUAACAGCUCUGCCGACUGGCAGCACAGCACCUACAUCCUGUCUCAGGAGGCCGAGGGCCGCCAGGUGCCGGACAGCUGCUGCAAGACAGUGGUGACACGCUGUGGCCAGCGGGCCCAUCCCUCCAACAUCUACAAGGUGGAGGGAGGCUGCAUCACGAAGCUAGAACAGUUCCUGGCUGACCACCUGCUGCUCAUGGGGGCAGUGGGCAUCGGGGUGGCCUGUCUGCAGAUCUGCGGGAUGGUUCUUACCUGCUGCCUACACCAGAGGCUCCAGCUGCAUUUUUACUAACCGCCAACUGCUUCCCCCUCUGACGGCCCUUCCCAAGGACAGGGGCCGAGAUCCCACCCUCCAGGCCUGCGGAGUCAGCCUCAGCUUGCCCAGAAACUCCCAGAAACAGCCCCUCCGCUUUGCCAAGCCCCUUUGGACCUACCAAGUGCCCAAGACCCUGACCGCUGUGGUUCUCCCCGCCAGACCAGGGUCCCUAGGCUCCCUCCCUCCACUUCCACAUGCUCACUGCCAGGAUCCCCGAGCGGGGAACCCAUCCAUCAGUGCCCCUCCCCUCACCAGCCGUGGGGGGGUCCGUGGACUACAGGAGGGUGAGAAUCAGAGCCUCUGCUCCCUCCCAGCUCCGGAAACUGGAAUGAAGGUCCGAAGACUCCAGC